UCAAAGGAUUCCCUGACAGCGGUAGCUGAACAGCUCUUUUGACGUCAGGAACAAUCAUUACUUUCUCAUCCGGGUCUCCGCUCCCCCCCUCGAAUGCUAUUAUUUACUUUAUCAAGACCGGAGAACUCGCGCGAGCGGGUUUAGGCGUUUUUAUACAUACAUAUUCUGUGUAUGUUAUUAGAACGGGGGAAGCAGGACGUUUUGGAUUAUAUCCAGAUUAAUCUGGAGCUGAUCUGUUUGAACUGAAAAAAAAAAUCAAACGCGUGCACAGCGGGAGAGAAAAAAAAAUCUGGUCAGACUAUCCAAGUCUUUUACAGAUGAAUAUUUAAUGGAUCCGGGAUGGAGAUAGCCCUGGUAAGUUUUGAAAACGGCGGGGCUAAGGGAAGCGGGGGUAAUGCCGGAGAAGCCUGCUCGAAUGCGCUGAACCUUCCGCAAGCGCCCUUUGCGCAAACCGGGAUCGGCGAGGGCUACGGUAUGGAGGUAAACGCUCUUGGUAGCCUUCAGACGGGCUCGUGGAAAAUAAACGACAUGAACAACACUUUUAGCAGCAGCGAGAAUGCCAUGGACGCGCUCCUGCGAGCUGAUCACAGCCCCCAUCUGUUCGACGAGGACAUGCUGGAUAUGGACUUGGACAACGAGAGCAAUGAGAGGGUUUUGAUCAAUAUCGCUGGCUUGAGGUUCGAGACCCAGCUAGGGACCCUGAAUCAGUUCCCCGACACUUUGCUGGGGGACCCUGACAAGAGAAUGAAAUACUUUGACCCGCUCCGAAACGAGUACUUCUUUGACCGCAAUCGACCGAGUUUCGACGGGAUUCUGUAUUUUUAUCAGUCGGGCGGGAAAAUAAGGAGACCAGUCAAUGUGUCAAUUGACGUCUUCGCGGACGAGAUUCGGUUCUAUCAGCUUGGAGAAGAGGCCAUGGAGAGGUUCCGAGAGGACGAGGGUUUUAUUAAAGAUGAGGAGAAGCCCUUGCCCCAAAACGAAUUUCAGAAGCAGGUAUGGCUUAUUUUUGAGUACCCAGAGAGUUCCAGUCCUGCUAGAGGAAUUGCCAUCGUGUCUGUGCUUGUUAUCACCAUAUCAAUCAUUACCUUUUGCAUGGAAACGUUACCGGAGUUCCGUGACGAGAGAGAACUGCCAGCCACCGGCAGGGUAGACAAUGUCACGGAGACCCGGCCGACUCACUCCUUCUCCGAUCCCUUCUUUAUAAUAGAGACUACCUGCGUGAUAUGGUUCACAUUUGAGCUGAUUGUGAGGUUUUUCGCCUGCCCGAGCAAAUCCGAGUUCUCCAAAACGAUUAUGAACAUCAUCGACAUCAUGGCUAUAGUGCCUUACUUCAUCACUCUAGGCACGGAGCUGGCGGAACACCAGGGGCAGGGAAACAACGGCCAGCAGGCCAUGUCCCUGGCCAUUCUGAGGGUGAUUCGAUUGGUUCGGGUGUUCCGGAUAUUCAAGCUCUCUAGACAUUCUAAAGGACUGCAGAUUCUUGGGCAGACUCUAAAGGCCAGUAUGAGGGAGCUGGGCCUGUUAAUCUUCUUUCUCUUCAUCGGGGUCAUCCUAUUCUCCAGCGCGGUGUACUUCGCGGAGGCGGAUGAACCCGAGUCCCAUUUCUCCAGCAUCCCCGAUGCCUUCUGGUGGGCUGUUGUAACCAUGACAACCGUUGGCUAUGGAGACAUGAGACCCGUGACAGUAGGAGGCAAGAUCGUCGGCUCGCUGUGCGCGAUCGCCGGCGUGUUGACCAUCGCGUUGCCGGUGCCCGUCAUUGUGUCAAACUUCAAUUACUUCUAUCACAGAGAGACCGACCAGGACCAGUCGUCUCUCAAAGAUGAGCCCAGCUGUGACCCCGACAGCCCCAGUGGCGAACUGAAAAGGAGCCAAAGUAGGUCCUCUGUCAAGUCCACUGGCGACGUGGAAAACAACGAUGGUGCUGACUCGCCGGCCGAAAAAACGAACAUCAAAGCAAACAGCAGUAUGGACAUCAAAAGAUCCCUUUAUGCUCUCUGCUUGGACAUUAGGGAAACAGAUCUGUAGUUUAACCGUGUGUGUUCGAUCAGUAGUGACCAUUCACAACUUUUGCUACGAUGAGAUUUUAUUGUAGGCCUAUGAAUUAUUGUAGAAUAUACCCAGAAUAAAUUAUUGCUGCCCUGUUUAUGUUUUAUACAUAUGAUCAACAUGUUACAGCACAGUCCAAAACACUGGUGUUUAUUUGAAAAGCACAAAGGUAUCCAGCGGUCAGGUUUAUCAUAUCAUCUAAAUUACAAGUAUUUUGUUUGAAUGAUGACAUAUAUUAUUUGGCGCAGCGAUAAUGACGUUAACAACAGAAGCACGGCUUAUAUGCGAGACAAAAGUCGACUGUUGACAGAAUAACAAUAGGUACUUGUACUCUUAAGUAGGCUAUAUCACAGAAAGAUUAUGGUGUUGGCAGGCUUCAGUCGUAUAGGCCUUAACUGAGAUUGAGAGAAAACAACUGUCUACAUGACAGUCUAGGUGAACAUUAUGUCGUUUCUAAAAUUUCCCAAAAUUCUGCCAGUCAAUCCUAUGUUUACUAUAAAAAUACUUGUUGCAUCAUGGCCUACGUGCAUCUGACAAUAUGUACAUAUUUGUCAACGUUAAUAAUUUAUGGAAGGGUUUGUAGUAAUUAUGCUUGGUUAUGCUCCUGCUGAGACACUCUUUUUUGUAUAUGUAGCAAAAUAAUCAUAUGAAGCAGGUCGGUAUCAAUACAUCUUCUACCCUGUUUUCGUUGGCUAUUUUUAAUAUCGGAGAAGAUAUAUUUUUUACUACAACACACGUAUGACAGAUUUUUUGGAAGUUUACACUGGAACUGAAAUUACGAAGAGGACUUGUGGGAUAGUAUGCGAAGCCUGGGGGUUUUUUAAAAUGGUUGUAAACACGGCGCUUAGGCAUGGUCGGCAGGUGAAU